CUGCGCGAAGCAAUAGCAAAAGCAUGCGUAAACGAGCCGACCGAUUGGCCUGCGAAACUGCCACUAGCCGUAUUCGCCGACCGAAUCACUGUGAGCCGCUUAACAGGCUUCUCGCCCUUCCAGCUCCUACACGGCACUGACCCUAUCCUUCCCAUGGACCUCGCGGAAGCCUCGUUCAUGGUCCAAGGUUUCAAAAUGGGAAUGGACACUGCCGACCUGCUCGCGCUCCGCAUCCGACAGCUGGCACGGCACCAGGACGACAUUCAGCGUGCGUCCCAUGCUUUGAGCCGAGCCCGCUUCAGGUCCAAGGGGCAGUUCGAGAGGCGGUUUCAGAAACGAAUGCUGAAGGACGAGUACCAGAAUGGGCAGCUUGUGCUCCUCAAAAAUCAGGUGGCGGAGAACAAAAUCAGCGCCGAAGCCAAGGUGGCACCCCGGUACUUAGGGCCGUACGCAGUCGUGCGUCGGAACAAGGGAGGUGCUUACGUGCUCAGUGAAUUAGACGGCUCGAUCAUGAAUGGCGCAUUCUCGCCCAGACGCCUCCUGCCCUAC